AAUAGAGCUGUACAUAAAGCUUGUUAAAACUGAGCAGAGAUAUAACAUUUACUAAGUUUCUGAAUGAUGUUGAACCAAUGGCUGCUUUACUGAAGCAUUUAUUGUCUUCCGUAUCCAUGGCAACCAGUGUUGUGUCUUUGGGUUGCUGGUGGUGUGGUUCGCUCUGAGAUCACGUUGUGUUUGACAAGUUCUCUCUGCAUGAUGUUUUUGUAAAUAUGACCGAGGCAGUGAAAACGUCGACUAUUGCUGCUUCAGUCAGGAAUCUGUGGAAUUCCUGUCGGUUGGACAAACUGGACAUCAAUGACUCCAACACAAAAGAAGACGAAUUGGCUGCAAGAAAGCAACUUUCUGUAAACCUCAGUCAGACUCUGCGCACCAGGCAGCUGCUCAUAAACUUCAGUGAUGGCCGACCCGUCUUGACCCUAAGUGAGCCAUUGGACAUUGUUAACUUCCCAACCAGUCCCCGCUCGCGCUGGCCCAUAGAGUGUGAGGUCAUUGGCGACAUCAUACAACACAUAGAGUGGGAACCCCCAGAGCCAGAGCCUUUUUAUCAGGCCUCGGGACACGAGGAGGAACCCAUGCCAGUUGGAGAGGAGCGGGGGAAGGUAGUGUACUCUAAUGACCCGGCUAUCAAGCAUCACUAUUUCACCUUUUCCCGUUUUGGGGGAAGCACACGACCUGAAAGGAUCUCCACUUCCCAAAUCCAUACCUCAGACGUCACACUUGAGUUUGAAUCCCGCUUUGAGAGCGGCAACCUCCAGAAGGCCAUCCAAGUGGGCAUCCAUGACUACGAGCUCACUCUACGCACAGACAUGUACACCGCCAAGCACACACAGUGGUUUUACUUCAGGAUCAGGAACACGAGGGCCGGGGUGACGUACCGCUUCACCAUCACCAACCUGAUGAAGAGAAGAAGUCUGUAUUCUCAGGGCUUGAAACCACUUUUGUACUCGGAAAGAGCCGCUAAGGAGAACGGCGUCGGAUGGCAGCGGGCAGGCUCCGGUAUCAGAUACUAUCGUAACAUCAGUCAGGCGAGGGAUGAAAACAGUGAUCCUGCCACCCUAUUCUCGCUCACCUGGACGCUUCAGUUCCCCUACGACUCUGACACCUGCUACCUGGCCCACUGCUACCCCUACACCUACUCACGUCUGCAGCGCUACCUUCAGCGCAUUUCUUCCAACCCGACAGUGAUGUCAUUCUGUAAAUUGCGGGUCUUGUGUCAAAGCCUUGCAGGGAAUGCAGUUUAUGUCAUGACGAUAACAUCCAGACAGGCCAACAGGCUCAACACCAGCAGCAAAAAGGCUGUGGUGGUGACGGCCCGAGUGCACCCUGGGGAAACCAACGGGUCAUGGGUGAUGGAGGGAUUCCUUGACUUUCUGCUGGGGGAUUCAGAAGACGCUCAAAUCCUCAGGGAUAAUUUUGUUUUCAAGGUGGUACCAAUGCUGAACCCAGAUGGCGUGGUGGUGGGUAACUAUCGCUGCUCCCUGGCAGGCAGGGACCUGAACAGGAACUAUAAGACGUUGCUGAAGGAUUCUUUUCCGUGUGUGUGGCACACUAGAGAUAUGGUCAAAAGACUGAUGGCCGACACAGAGGUGCUUCUAUACUGCGACUUCCACGGCCACAACAGAAAAAACAACGUUUUCAUGUAUGGUUGCAGCAGCCGAGGCGACGCAUCCCUCACACUUAAAGAGAGGGUCUUUCCACUAAUGAUGAGCAAGAACGCAAGCAACAAGUUCUCCUUUAAAAGCUGCAAAUUCCGGGUGGAGAAAAACAAAGAGGGGACUGGGCGAAUCUCCAUGUGGAAACUCGGCAUCAGGAACAGCUACACCAUGGAGGCCACCUUUGGAGGCUCCACUCUGGAUGACAGGAGAGGGACUCACUUUUCCACUCAAGACCUGAAGUCCCUGGGCUUUAACUUCUGUGACACCCUGCUGGACUUCUGUGACCCCGACAAGACGAAGGUUACACUCUGUUUGACAGAACUGGCAACAAUGCUGGGGAAGAAGGUCAGAGAGAGAACUGGCAAAGAUGUGGGCACCGACCAAAAGGUCUCUGUGUCUGAACUGGAAACAAGCACCGGUGGCUCAAACAGCUCUGACUCAGAUGGACUUCCAGUUCAUCUCCUGCAGCAGCUGCAGAAUGCAGAGAAAAAAGUCAAGAAGAAAAAGAAACGACUGAAGUCUCGCAGAGAAAGAAACGGGCUGCAGCCAGACGGAGCGAGGAGUAGUGCACGGCCAAAAGUCCUGCAACGCAGCAGCACGAGUAUCGAGGCUGACCUGCCUCAGGACAACACAGAUAAGCAGAGAAAAAGAGAGAAACCUGUUGGAGGAGAAAGAAGGAAACAGCAGGUAAAAACUACACUCAACACCCUCAUAAAAAAGGUUGAACUCUCAUCUCCCACUGGUAACCAUGGAGACGCCAGUCAGGGGACUCUGAGGAAAGACUGCAAGCACAUCUUGGAAAACUGCUCAGGGAGCCGGUGCACCUCAUGCCUUCAGCGGAGAGCGUCUCCACAUGCCGACACGCGCGCAGCUGCGUCACCCCACUCAGGUGAUGCAAUAGUGAGAGGACAGUGGAAAUGCUCCUCUCAGCUACUACACCUGAGUGCUCUCCUUCCACUUCCUCCAACUUUCAUUCCCUCUGCGCAGCACCAGCAUUUCCCUCUGCGCCAAUCUCUUUACCACUCUCAAGUCUGCAGAGGGCUGACAUCUCCUUUUGCAGCACCUGGCAGAUGUCCCCCAUCUUUGUCUACCAGCAUGGCUCCAGCUGUUGUUCCAAAAAACCAGCCGCUGACGAGUUUCACCUCCACCAAUCCCAGCAGUCGGCAUCGUUUUAGAAACAGAUCUUGUCUUCAGGCGUCCUCCACAUCAAACACAAACCUAAUCAAGACAAAGCAGUGAAACGGGUGCCAGGAUUCUUCUCAAAGUUCAGCUGCAUUUUAAUAGAACAAGUUAUUUUUGUGACAAUGAUGCUUCAUUGGGAAGAUCUAACAGAAAAACACAUACGUUUUAUACCAAAUCUCACUUAUCUCUUCGUCUUGUGACAAUAACAUGCUUUAAUUCUUCUGAUUAUUCUAAUGCAAUCUCAUGAUUUCUCAAAUAAUAUUUUCAGUACAUGAAAAUAAAUGUUGUAAAAAAUAUAAAAUAAAAUAAAGCACUUGGGUGUUUCA